GCGGAGGGGCGGGGCCAGCAGCUCUAUACAUCAAAGGAUGGUGCAAGCUGUAACCUCACACCAAGGACUGAAGGUAAAGGUGCCUCAGAAGAACAGACUGUAGGCCGUAGGAAGAAGAUAAUGAAGAAUCAGGGAUCCACAGUAAUAUACCUUAAAGCUCUCAAGGAUGCAUUUGGGAGCUCAUUAGGUAAAAAGCUCAGAAGGGAGGCAUCUACAUCAAAUGGAGAUCAAGAUCAAAGCCCCCUACAUAAUAAAGAGUCUUGCAAAUCAGAUGUCACCUCAAGAAGGAUCUGUGCAAUUUCAAGGCGUGAAGAUAAUCUGCAACUUCAGCUAAACUCAAACAGACAAACAUCAGUAGAUGAAAACACUGCUAGUGCCAGUUCAGUUAGCACUGGACAAAGUAAUUCCAAAGAACAACAUGUUGGCUACCAGAGGCCAGAUAUUUCAGGACCCUCUCCAAAGCUUGUAUUUGUGGAUGAACACAAUUCGAGUUCAGAAGAAGAUUACGAACUCAAAGGACGAGAUACACUGGAGAAAGAUCUGUCCGUGGGAAGUGAUUGGUCAGAUGUGGACGAUGUAGAAUCUUUAGCUAGGUUUUCCCAAGAGGAUUCGGUUCCAUGUCACAAUAGGUCAGUUAUUUUGGAGACUUCACCAAGUAUAACUGAUUCCGUAAUGUACCCAGCUCAUCUCUACAAUCACCCAAGGGGUGACUUUACAAAGCGCUGGACAAGUAGUCCCAGGCCAUCUAAUCGUUCAUUUUCAAACCCCAGUGAGGAUACUUCUUACUUAGGUGUCUCCAAUAGCAGUCAUCUUUGUGAUAUUUCUGUGGAACUUGCAGCAAGUAGUCCUCCCAAUACAUCAAAAAAUUGUGAGUCUGCACUUCAACGUGGACACUGGAGAUCAAGUUCCUUUGAGCGUUCUCUGGUCUCUGAGAAGAAAAUCAAAAUGUCUAGUGAGGAAGCAGAAUCAUAUGCUUCCAUUAUCUCUAGAACACUGACAUCAGAUUCUUUUACUUCUGAAUAUGUAAAUCAGGAAGUAAUUGUUGAACUCCCUAAACAUUUACAGGAGGGUUUUAUUGAUACCCAUUGCCACUUGGACAUGCUAUAUUCCAAAAUGUCUUUCCAGGGUACGUUUUCAAAGUUUAGAAGGAUUUACAAUAGCUCCUUUCCUAAAGAAUUUCAAGGCUGUAUAGCUGACUUCUGUGAUCCUCGGACCCUAGAGGACGACUUAUGGGAGGAUUUGUUAAAGGAAGAUAUGGUUUGGGGAGCAUUUGGCUGUCAUCCACAUUUUGCACGUUACUACACAGACCUCCAUGAAAGAAACCUUUUGCAGGCAAUGAGGCACCCAAAAGCUAUUGCAUUUGGAGAGAUGGGGCUGGACUAUUCUUACAAAUGCUCUACUGAUAUCCCCAAGCAACACAAGGUAUUUGAAAAGCAACUGCAGCUGGCUGUGUCUUUAAGGAAACCCUUGGUAAUACAUUGCAGAGAGGCUGAUGAAGAUCUGCUAGGGAUCAUGAAAAAAUUUGUGCCUAAAGACUACAAGAUACACAGGCAUUGCUUUACAGGUAGUUAUGAUGUCAUAGAGCCAUUGCUAGAGCAUUUUCCAAACCUUUCUGUGGGAUUCACUGCACUGCUGACUUACUCAUCUGCCUUUGAAGCCAGAGAAACUAUAAAAAAAAUGCCUUUGAACAGAAUAAUUGUAGAAACGGAUGCCCCCUAUUUCCUUCCGAGGCAGGUUCCCAAAAGCAUAUGCCAGUAUUCUCACCCAGGACUAGCCCUGCACACAGUGAGGGAGAUUGCCCAUCUGAAGGACCUGCCACUCUCCCAUACCUUGGCAGUUCUAAGGAAGAACACCAACUACAUGUACAAUCUGUAGGAUGGUGCUAGCAAAUGUGGAGAAGAGUGAUGUCAAGAAAGCUGCUGUGAAAUGAUGAAAAACCUUCAAGUGACAUCUAUAUUAUGUCUUCUAUGGCCCCAAAAUGUUAUCUUGCAAAUGAAUUUGGAGGUGAUAGCUAGUGGUAAGUACAGGUUGGACCUCCCUGGUCUAACACCUUGGGACCUCACCUGCCCUGGAUGAGGGAUUUUGCCGGACCAGAGAAGAUAAUUUCUUGUCCCCCUGCCACUGCCUGCCCCCAGCUCUGGCCCAGCUGUUGGCCUCCCUGCCAGCCCCCCUCCUGUCGCUGACCCCUGCUGCCCUGCCAGGUGGCCCUGCCAGACUACAGAAGUUGCUGGGCCACAGAGUCCUGGUUUAGAGAGGUUCAAAUUGUACACAUGACUUGCCACCCCUACUCUUCCCAAAAGUUACCAUUCCCUUUUAAUCUGUAUCCUGUUUCAUCUCCUUUUAAUUCUCUACUGGUCCAUUAUCUCCCCAUGGGGUGCCACAAGAAAGGGGUGUUGAUGUCUCUUGGGUAAAUGGCUUUUCUUGUGGAGAUGCAGAGAAUCUGCUGUAGGAAAUAUUAUGGGAUUUUAUUUAGUCUUAUUUGUAUUAGUGUGUUCAAGAGUAAACAGCCAGUAACUUAUUAAGCAAAUGUGGAUUACUCGGGUAUAGCUAGAUCCAAAAAGUUGGGCAAUGAUCUUGGCCCCCUAAGACACCCCAUUUCUGAGGCGAUAUGGAAAAGAGUAUAUAUCAGAGCAAAGAAUUUGACACAACUGUGCAUAGAGUUCCUCGUGCCACAGAAUGAAAACAUACCCUAAAUUGUUUAUAGUGUUGUGUACAAGUGCCUUUCUUUAAAAAGUUGAAUAAAAUGUACAGCCUGUGGUG